AUGAUACCAGAUCAUCUAUUCGAUGAGGGAAUAAAUAAUUCCCUAUUACUAAAUGAGAUGAAACAUGUGCAGAAAAAUAAAGAUAUCUACGAAAUGUCACCGCGAGAUUAUGAGCGUGCCCAACGCAACCUGCUUUCGUCUCAGGAUGCCGAUACAUGCGAAAUCCAUGACCAGUUCUAUCGAGACCAUAAGCUGCUAUUGGUGCUUUUCAGAGCACUCGCUGUUAUGCCUAUAACGCGUUCACGACCAGGAACAAUAACAUUUAGCUGGAAGUCAAGCGCUACUGUCUACGCUAUCUGCUUUUACAUAAUAGCAACGAUCGUUGUUUUAUACGUCGGAUACGAAAGAAUACUUAUACUGCGAUCUAUUAGGAAAUUUGACGACUAUAUUUACGCGGUCCUCUUCGUUGCGUUUCUGGUUCCGCAUUUUUGGAUACCAUUUGUUGGUUGGGGAGUGGCACAUCAAGUAGCUAUUUAUAAGACGAGUUGGGGAAAAUUCCAAGUGAGGUAUUAUCGAGUUACGGGGGAGAAUCUCCAAUUCCCAAAUUUGAAGACGACUAUUGUGAUAAUAAGUGUUGGGUGUUUGUUGUUGGCGGUUUGUUUUCUGUUGAGUCUGUGUGCUUUGUUGGAAGGGUUCCUAUUGAGACACACGGCAGCCUAUUAUCAUAUUAUAACUAUGAUCAAUAUGAACUGCGCCCUUUGGUUUUUCAAUAUCACAAUAGCCGUAUACGGCGCUUUGUCAGAAAUUGUGGAUCAUGGCUUCGGCUUUACUUUCAAAGAGAUGGGCUUGUUCGUGGACGCAGCAUAUUGUUCCACUUUACUUUUCAUAUUCGCCGAUUGCUCGCACAAAUCUACCCUUAAGGUGGCAGCUGGCGUACAAGAUACUCUGUUAUCUAUAGACGUAUUAUCGGUGGAUAGACCAACGCAAAAAGAGCAACUAUCCCGAACCAGCAAUACAAUAACAGCAGAUACAAUGCUACGAACCAGCGGCGUGGUGGCAGUGGCCUUGGUGACAUUAGUUAUAUGCUGCAGCGCAGAUCCUCGACAGGAACAAGAAGAGCACAACACUGCAGACCGCUAUGAUACUGAAUUGAGGGAAAGACAAGAAUUGGAGAAGUAUUUGCACUUUUUGCUGCAAAACGGUAACGGAAGGCAUUUGGAUGGAAUCGGAGGAUCUUUAUUGGGAAGAAGUCUUGGCAGUGGAAGGAUAACUGACGGUUUGGGGGGCAGUAGUUUGCUGGGCAGAAAUGUACCCAGCGGCUAUAACUUAGACAAUUUAGGAGGUUCAUCACUCCUUGGUCGAAGUGUUAAUCGCGAACAUUACGCAAGAUUCAUUGAUUCCCUAGGAGGUGGAAACUUGGUUCGUAACCUAGAUUCAAUCGGAGGUGCGAAUCUAGUGAGGAAUUUGGAUUCAAUCGGUGGAGGCAACCUAGUGAAGAAGAAUUUGGACGCCAUCGGUGGACCUAACUUGGUGAAACGCCACGUUGACUCGCUAGGUGGCGGAAAUUUUGUACGCACCCUGGAUUCAAUUGGAGGGGGUAAUUUCGUCCGAGAAGUAGACUCUUUGGGAGGGGGUAACAAACCUCGGAAUUUGGAAUCUCUAGGAAGCGGCAAUUUGGUGCGGCAAGUUCGUGAGGCCCAUCGUAUGCCGCAUUUGGGAAGACGUUAUGAAUAUUUAAGCCCGUUCGGCCGGAAUCUAGUAUCUCCGUUUGAAUACGGAUACUACGGAGAUGGACUGCCAAAACGUAAUUUUGACGAAAUCGACCGAUCGAACUUCAACACGUUUGUUAAGAAACGAAAUUUCGACGAAAUCGACCAGUCAUCUAUGCCAUUCCCGUUCAAGCGUUUCUAUCCCCUAAUGGGACCUAACUACCUGGAUAUCCCUGUCUCAAGCCUGGACAAGAAGCGCUACAGACCUGACUACCCCAUGGACGAGAUCGACUUCUCCCAGUUCCCCAUUGGCUCAAAGAGGUCCGAAAAUACCCACACACUCCGAUAA